AUGCCUCUGCUACCGCCCCUCGUCCCGCUCCUACGCACUCUCACAUCCCGCUCCCCGCUCCCGCUUCCCCUCUCCCUCUCCCCGUCCACAUUCCACCGCGCAUUCAGCACCACGCCUUCUCUCGCCGUGACGCUGCAGCAGGCGCUGCGCGGCGCGCGGAAACCGCACCGCCCGCCCGUCAACAAGGUGCCGGCGCUCGAGGGCAAGCCGUUCGUCAAGGGCGUCUGCUCCAAGAUCUUCACCACCAAGCCAAAGAAGCCCAACUCGGCCAUCCGCAAAGUCGCCCGCGUCAAGCUCUCCAACGGCCGCAGCAUCAUCGCCUACAUCCCCGGCGAGGGCCAUAACCUCCAGGAACACUCGGUUGUACUCGUCAGGGGCGGAAGGGUGCAGGAUACCCCCGGUGUCAGGUACCACCUCGUCCGAGGCGCCCAGGACUUUAGCGGAGUGGCAAACAGGACAACCGCCCGGUCAAAGUACGGCGCCAAGAAGCCAAAGGCCGGUCCGUGA